GCCUUACAAUGUGUAAAACCUGGAAUAAUGUUCCAGUUACCCUUGACUUUACAUUUCCCAGUUUAUACAUUCAAUUGCAACUUAAGACAAGUGACCUCCGGGAGCUACUCAACAAAGGUGAACUUGGCGCAACUAGGCUAGAAACUAAGUAGAAAAUGGGAAAGAAGAGCACUCCGCCGUCGCGUAAGCCCGUAAAGCGUCUCAACGGAAGAGUUAGAGGAGCUGUGACCCCCAAAGGAUCUGGCACCAGGCGGGAAGUACGAUCUACUGCUCCAAUGCGUCGAACUCGCAGCUACUCGGCAUUUAAGAAUUUUAUUAACAAAUUCAGCAGAGACAAUCCCGGAAAGUUGCGAGUGGAGGGCGUCUCCAUAUGGCGCAAAAUGAGCCCCCAAGAAAAGCAGCCCUUUCAACGGAGCAGCACGGGUCGAUUGCAUGAGAAUCCUUCCACAAAUACGCAGGUUCGGGAGGAGGAACUUCUGUCAUUACCACCGAUUACCAAUGAAGAUAUAGUUCCAGGGCCAUCAGUUGAGAACAACCAAUCGAGAACGGUCAAUAGGCCCACCAUUUUUGGUUACUUCUUAAACGCGAUUUAUAGGGCCAUGCACUUAUUUUACUAAUUACUGAUUGCUUCCCAAAUUGCAUAUGUAAAAAGUUGAAUAAUCACAAAAAAUGUAUUUAUUUAAAAUGGAAAAAAU